UCGGCCCCGCUCCCCUCCCACCCCCGCCCCCGGCUCUGAUUUCUUCUCCCGAGCGAGCUCCGCAGGAGACACAGGCGCGGGCUGCCCCGUCCGCUCUCCGCCUCCGCCGCGCCCUCCUCGCCCGGGAUGGGCCCCCGCUCAGCCGCCGGAGCCCUCGCCUCCCGGCCGCUGCCGUCGCGCUCCCCGCGCUCGCCCUGAAGCCCUGGCCCUCGCGCGCAGCAGUCGCCCUGUAGCCUCGUCCACUGCCCACACCCGCGGCCCUAGGGCUGUCACGAUGCUGCCUCCCUUGCGCUCCAGCCUAGGGCUGCUGCUGCUGCUGCUCCUGUGCCCGACGCACGUCGGCGGACUGUGGUGGGCUGUGGGCAGCCCCUUGGUUAUGGACCCUAUCAGCAUCUGCAGGAAGGCACGGCGGCUGGCCGGAUGGCAGGCGGAGUUGUGCCAGGCUGAGCCGGAAGUGGUGGAGGAGCUAGCCCGGGGCGCCCGGCUCGGGGUGCGAGAGUGCCAGUUCCAGUUCCGCUUCCGCCGCUGGAACUGCUCCAGCAACAGCAAGGCCUUUGGACGCAUCCUGCAGCAGGACAUUCGGGAGACGGCCUUCGUGUUUGCCAUCACUGCUGCGGGCGCCAGCCACGCCGUCACGCAGGCCUGUUCCUUGGGCGAGCUGCUGCAGUGCGGCUGCCAGGCGCCCCGUGGGUGGGUCCCGCCCCAGCCCUCCGGCCUGCCCGGCACCCCCGGACCCCCUGGCCCUGCGGGCUCCCUGGAAGGCAGCGUCGCCUGGGAGUGGGGAGGCUGUGGCGACGACGUGGACUACGGGGAUGAGAAGUCGAGGCUCUUUAUGGACGCGCGGGACAAUCGGGGACGCGGAGACAUGCGCGCGUUGGUGCAACUGCACAACAACGAGGCAGGCCGGCUGGCAGUGCGGAGCCAAACGCGCACCGAGUGCAAGUGCCACGGGCUGUCGGGCUCGUGCGCGCUGCGCACCUGCUGGCAGAAGCUGCCUCCGUUUCGCGAGGUGGGCGCGCUGCUGCUGGAGCGCUUCCACGGCGCCUCACGCGUCAUGGGCACCAACGACGGCAAGGCCCUGCUGCCCGCCGUCCGCACGCUCAAGCCGCCGGACCGAGCGGACCUCCUCUACGCCGCCGACUCGCCCGACUUCUGCGCCCCCAACCGCCGCACCGGCUCCCCUGGCACGCGCGGCCGCGCCUGCAAUAGCAGCGCCCCAGACCUCAGCGGCUGCGACCUGCUGUGCUGUGGGCGCGGGCACCGCCAGGAGAGCGUGCUGUUCGAGGAGAACUGCCUGUGCCGCUUCCAGUGGUGCUGCGUAGUGCAGUGCCACCGCUGCAGCGUGCUCAGGCAGCUUACCCUCUGCCUCUGACCUGCCUGCGGGCCCCUAGACUGAGCGCAGCGGUGGCUCUCGCCAGCGGGAUCUCAGGGUACCGGCACCGGGCGCCCGUGGAGCCCAGCCUCUCUCUGCCAAAGCCCAACUCCCAGGCCUCUGGAAAUGUUGAGGCGCGGGGCUUGAGAGGAACAAUCCCCCAAGAAGGCCCAGGACACCAGAUGGCCCCUGAGAGGCGCUCACGGAGCACAGGCGCUCACGGAGCACAGGCGCUCCCUCCCCUUGACCCCUAGGCGGAAACCAAAGAGCCAGUGUAAAGGCCUCUGGGUACUGGGAUCCCCAGAACUGCUGGCCACGGGAUGGUGGGUGAGGUUAGUAUCAAUAAAGAUAUUUAAACCACUA